GUAAGUAAAGCAAUGACUAUAUUGUUUUAUUCGUAUCGCAAUAUGAGUUCUGUCGCCUAUCUGAACGGCCACGUCUACACGGUCAACCCUCGUCAGCCUUGGGCUGAAGCUUUCAUUGUCGAUGAGUUGGCCGGAACCUUCACUGCCGUGGGCAACACUCAGGAAAUCCGUGGCAUAGCUCGAGAAAACGGGAUUAUCACCUACGACCUUCGAGGCGUCUUUGUAAUGCCUGGGAUCCACGAUGCGCAUACCCACUUACUGGCGGCCGCAAUGCAGAAACUGAACGAAGCUGCCAUUUCGCCAGACUCAAACGAUCACACACUGGCCACUAAUCUCAAAAAUGCGGAAUGUCUUUGUUCCUACGCCCAUGUGUUUGGAGAUUGGUUGGUUGCCAAUUUUUACGCACCAGAUAGAUUCCCUGAUGGACAGCCGGACCGGAAGUAUCUUGACGAGGUCUUUCCUGAUCGGCCUGUCCUGAUCCGCGAGACUACAUGUCAUAGCAUCCUACUGAACACGAAAGGCUUGGAAAGGGUAGGCUACGACCUUGACAACCCCACUGAUCCACACGCGGGCGCUUUCAUCCGACGCAAGGGGACGAUGGAACCUACUGGAGAACUUGUCGAAGCAGCAACAGAAAAGGCCUGGGUUACCAUUCCUCUCCCGUCUUUACAUCAUGCUAAAAAGGCCAUAUUAUAUGGAAUCCACAUCUCUCAUCCAUACGGCAUAACCUUAUGUCAGGAGGUCUCGGCAAAUAGCGUGUAUCUCCACGCUCUCAGGUAA